UAAUGAAGAAAAAAAGGGGGGGGGAUUGCCUUUGGACCGCUCCUUGACCCUAAAGGAAUUUCAAUGCUGGAAGCGAAGUGCCUAUCGCUGUGUUGGCGAUAUUGGUUUACUACGGUAGCUUCUACUUUCUCUCCCCCGUUUUUCCAAAGCGGUAGACCAGGGUUCUCCCAAAGAAGAGUGGAAAGAUCCUCGUGGCAGUGGGUGGUUUGCAGACAUGGACACUUCUGGGAAAGUUAUCAAAUGUAGAGCAGCUGUGGCUUGGGAAGUCGGCAGACCACUUUCUAUUGAAGAGGUAGAAGUGGCUCCACCAAGAUCUCAUGAAGUUCGUGUUAAGAUAAUAGCCACCGGAAUAUGCGGGACAGAUGACCAUGUUCUGGAAGGUUCUUUCCCCAAAGUAGAGUAUCCUGUAAUUCCUGGCCAUGAAGGAGCUGGAAUAGUGGAGAGUGUUGGGCCAGGAGUGACAUGUGUGAAACCAGGAGACAAAGUUAUUCCUCUUUGUCUGCCCCAGUGUGGAGAAUGCAACUCGUGUUUAAAAUCAAACACCAACUGUUGCCUGAAAACCCACAUUUCGGAACCACAAAAUCUGAUGCCUGACAAAACCAGUAGAUUCAGCUGCAAAGGGAAGCAAAUUCAUCACUUCCUUUGGAUUAGCACUUUCUCUGAAUAUACAGUCAUGCCUGACUCUACCGUUGUUAAAAUUGAUGAUGAUGCACCUCUUGAUAAAGUCUGUCUUUUUGGCUGUGGAUUCUCUACUGGUUAUGGGGCUGCCCUCAAUACAGCCCAGGUUACACCUGGAUCCACCUGUGCUGUUUUUGGUUUGGGAGGCAUUGGACUCUCUGUGGUCAUGGGAUGCAAAACCGCUGGAGCAUCUCGUAUAAUUGCGAUCGACAUUAACAGUGAAAAAUUUGGGAAGGCAAAAGAACUGGGAGCUACAGAAUGUAUCAACCCUCAAGAUUACAAGAAACCCAUUCAAGAAGUAGUGCUGGAAAUGACUGGACAUGGUGUAGAUUAUGCCUUUGAGGUUGCUGGAUGUUUGGAGACACUGACAGCUGCUUUGGCCUCUUGUCACAUGGGCUGUGGGAUCUGUGUAGUGAUAGGGAUGCCCCCCUUAGGUGCAAAAUUCUCCUUGGAUCCUAUGCUGCUUCUUACAGGGCGCACCAUAAAAGGGAGUUUCAUUGGAGGCUGGAAGAUGAAAGAUUCAAUUCCUCAACUGGUCUCCAGUUACAUGGAAGGAAAAUUUAAACCAGAUGUUCUGAUCACCCACAUUUUACCAUUCAGUGAUAUUAGGAAAGGAUUUGAUUUGCUUCGUGCUGGAAAGAGCAUUCGUACUGUCUUGAUGUUCUAACUGGCUCAACUUGCUGAAUCUGUCUGGAAGUCUUUAGCACGGAACCACGAAGAUUACCCUUUUCCUUGGCCCUCUGUUCUGAAAAUACUGGAAAAAGACACUCCUAUUUUGUUUCUCUGCAUGUUUAUGUUUAGGCCAUAGCAUAAACGACAUGAUUUACAAGAUGGAAAGUUGAUUUUACUUGGCCCCAGAUGCAAGAAAAAAAAAAUCUAAGUCAUGUUCUUAGUUUUAAUUAUCACACAAAGAACAGAAUCCAAUUUUAAGACUCCAAAGGGGCGGGGAUCAAUUGUAUCUACAUAAAAUGUAGAAACUC